UCGGCGCCUUUAAGGGAGCGGGAGGGAGCGGCGAGGCGGCGGCGGCUGCGGUGGCGGCAGCCCGGGCGAGCGGGGCGGGGGCGCGGGGCGCGGCGCUCGGAGUCCGCUCGGGCCGGAGGCGUCGCGGCGGCCGGGGCCGGGCCCGGGAGCCGCGAGGAGCGCGGGCAAAGCAGCCGGAGCCCGCCGCCCGGGACAUGGCCAAGGCGGGCCGUGCAGGUGGCCCUCCUCCGGGUAGCGGUGCCCCCUGGCACCUUCGAAAUGUCCUCAGCGACUCAGUGGAGAGCUCAGAUGAUGAAUUCUUUGAUGCUAGAGAGGAUGUGGCUGAAGGGAAGAAUGCCAUCCUCAUUGGGAUGAGCCAGUGGAACUCGAAUGACCUGGUGGAGCAGAUGGAGACCAUGGGAAAACUGGACGAGCAUCCAGGAGAAAGCACUGCGCCGUGCACAUCCAGCAUCCUCCAGGAGAAGCAGCGAGAGUUGUACCGGGUUUCCUUGAGGAGACAACGGUUCCCAGCCCAGGGAAGCAUCGAGAUCCAUGAAGACAGCGAGGAAGGCUGCCCACAGCGCUCCUGCAAGACGCAUGUCCUCCUGCUGGUGCUGCACGGGGGGAGCAUCCUGGACACGGGCUCAGGGGACCCAUCCUGCAAGGCUGCCGACAUCCACACCUUCAGCUCUGUGCUGGAGAAGGUCACACGAGCCCACUUCCCUGCUGCUCUGGGCCACAUCCUCAUCAAGUUCGUCCCCUGUCCUGCCAUCUGCUCUGAGGCUUUCUCACUCGUCUCUCACCUGAACCCCUACAGCCACGAUGGGGGCUGCCUGAGCAACAGCCAGGACCACGUCCCUCUGGCCGCCCUGCCCCUGUUGGCCAUCUCUUCCCCGCAGUACCAGGACGCUGUGACCACCAUCAUCGAGCGCACCAACCAGGUCUACACAGAGUUCCUUAAGUCCUCUGAUGGGAUUGGCUUCAGUGGGCAGGUGUGUCUCAUUGGGGACUGCGUGGGCGGCCUCCUGGCCUUCGAUGCCAUCUGCUACAGUGCGGGGCCCUUGGGGGACAGCCCUGGCAGCGGCAGCCGGAAGGGGAGCAUCAGCAGCAACCAGGACACCCCAAUUGUGGUGGAGGAAGAUUGUGAUCUGGCCAGCAGCAAGCGUCUCAGCAAAAGUAACAUUGACAUCUCCAGCGGGUUGGAGGAUGAAGAGCCCCAGAGACCACUGCCGCGGAAACAGAGCGACUCUUCCACCUAUGACUGUGAGGCCAUCUCCCAGCAUCAUGCCUUCCUUUCAAGCAUCCACUCCAGUGUGCUAAAGGAUGAGGGCGAGCUCCCUGCAGCUGGGGCCCUCCAGCUCCCGGAGGUCAGCCUGGGACGCUUUGACUUUGAAGUGUCUGACUUCUUCCUCUUCGGCUCCCCCCUGGGGCUGGUCCUAGCCAUGCGGAGGACGGUGCUGCCUGGGCUGAAUGGUUUCCAGGUGCGUCCUGCUUGCAGCCAGGUCUACAGCUUCUUCCACUGUGCAGACCCCUCUGCAUCGAGGCUUGAGCCGCUGCUGGAGCCCAAGUUCCACCUGGUGCCUCCCGUCAGUGUGCCCCGCUACCAGAGGUUCCCGCUGGGUGAUGGACAGUCCCUCCUCCUCGCGGAUGCCCUGCACAACCACAGCUCCCUCUUCCUGGAGGGCAGCUCCCAGGACAGCCCACCGUUCCUGGACGCUCCUGCCUCACCCCCUCAAGCUCCGAGCUCCCAGCGCCCAGGACGGAGGAUGAGUGAGGGCAGCUCCCACAGUGAGAGUUCAGAGUCCUCGGACGGCCUGGCACCCGUGGGUGCCUCCCGCAUCACGGCCAAGUGGUGGGGUGCCAAGAGGAUUGACUACGCCCUGUACUGCCCCGAUGUCCUCACAGCCUUCCCCACUGUAGCCCUGCCCCACCUCUUCCAUGCCAGCUACUGGGAGUCCACAGAUGUGGUCGCCUUCAUCCUGAGACAGGUAAUGCGCUACGAGAGUGUGGGCAUCAAGGAGAGCGCCAGCCUGGAUCCCGCAACACUGAGCCCUGCGAACCCCCGUGAAAAGUGGCUUCGUAAGCGGACCCAGGUCAAGCUGCGGAAUGUCACUGCUAAUCACAGGGCCAAUGAUGUGAUUGCUGCUGAAGACGGCCCCCAGGUCCUGGUGGGACGGUUCAUGUACGGUCCUCUUGAUAUGGUGGCCUUGACUGGAGAGAAGGUGGACAUCCUGGUGAUGGCAGAGCCGUCUUCCGGCCGCUGGGUACACUUGGACACAGAGAUCACCAAUAGUAGUGGUCGAAUCACAUACAACGUGCCACGACCCCGGCGCUUGGGGGUUGGCGUCUACCCCGUGAAAAUGGUCGUCAGGGGCGACCAGACCUAUGCCAUGAGCUACCUCACAGUGCUGCCCCGGGGCAUGGAGUGCGUCGUGUUCAGCAUCGAUGGGUCCUUUGCGGCCAGCGUAUCUAUCAUGGGGAGUGACCCCAAGGUCCGGCCAGGUGCAGUGGAUGUUGUCCGGCACUGGCAGGACCUGGGCUACAUGAUCCUAUACAUCACGGGGCGGCCAGACAUGCAGAAGCAGCGGGUGGUGUCGUGGCUGUCCCAGCACAACUUCCCACAGGGCAUGAUCUUCUUCUCGGAUGGGCUGGUACACGACCCGCUGCGGCAGAAGGCUAUCUUCCUCCGCAACCUUAUGCAGGAGUGUUUCAUCAGAAUCAGUGCUGCCUACGGCUCCACAAAGGACAUCUCUGUCUAUAGCGUGCUGGGUCUGCCAGCCUCCCAGAUCUUCAUUGUGGGCCGGCCCACCAAGAAGUACCAAACCCAGUGCCAGUUCCUGAGCGAGGGCUACGCCGCGCACCUGGCGGCGCUGGAGGCCAGCCACCGCUCGCGCCCCAAGAAGAACAACUCGCGCAUGAUCCUGCGCAAGGGCAGCUUCGGGCUGCACGCGCAGCCCGAGUUCCUGCGGAAGCGCAACCACCUCCGCAGGACCAUGUCGGUGCAGCAGCCCGACCCGCCCGCUGCCAACCCCAAGCCCGAGCGGGCCCAGAGCCAGCCCGAGUCCGACAAGGACCACGAGCGGCCGCUGCCCGCGCUCAGCUGGGCGCGUGGGCCCCCCAAGUUCGAGUCGGUGCCCUGAAGAGCGGGCUGUGCUCAGCAGUGGGGCCCAACCAGGCUGCCUGCGGGGACCGGAGGGGCUGCCCUCUUCCCAGCAACACAGGCGUUUACCUGCUUUUUCCCCUCCCGUGUCUGUCCAGCAGUGUCCGACCAGAGCAGGGAGGGACCCUAACCCGGCCUCGGGUGGCUAGCCUGAGCUACCACGGGGUGAGGUCCGGGGGUCACAGUGCGGCUGCGGCUGCCUCCCCCAUGCCUGUGACGGCAAGCCCAAGUCAGGGUUAAAUGUGUUUGUGUAAUCCUGGGGCAGGAAUGCCCGGAGCGGAAGUGUUUGGGCAAAGUCACAUCCUCCUGGGUCCCGAGGCUUCCCAGAGAUGCGGGGCAGGCCCUAUGAGCGCUGCCCCAGCCCCAGGACCAGCUGCUGCUGGCGGGCACAGCUUCGUGGCUGCUUUGCGGAGGGGCGAGUGGCAUUUGUGCCAGCCCUCCCCGUGACAUCCUGGGUCACCAUUUUGGAGUUGGCUUUCUUACGCCAAACUGGCCACUUUCUGGGAGUGAGAGGAGGUCCCCUGGGCUUGUCCUCGUGUGUGCUGACUCUGUCCACAGCCCUGGAUCGGGGCCUGGUGCUGACGGUGUGACCUUGUGCCCCUUCUUGUUCUCAGUACUCUCCCCAUUUUCCUGUGGCCCCGAGGACAGGUGUGCUCUUCUUCCGGGAGCCCUGCCUCGUGCCCUCUGUGAGGUUGUAGCCUUGGGCCCUGGCGCAGCUGGGCUGGCUGUGAGCCCUGGAGCUUACCCUCUCUGGGCCCCCUGCCUUCCUUCUGUAAUUGGAGGGCUCCCCCAACCUGAGACUGGUGCAAGUUUUUGACUCCUGGGUUGCCCUGCAUUUCUGCCCCCUUUGGCUUUCAGGCCUAAGCACCCCUCAGAGUGUCUGGUGAUCCACACCUUCUAACAGUCUGGGAGAGGGGUUGGUGGGGGCUGGGAGGGAGGAGCUCCUGUCCACUGCCUGGAAGGAAAGCCCUCUGGGAGGAGCUGGGAAGGGUCCCUUCUCCGUGGAGAGCUGUUGCAGGUUUUCUUUUUUUUUUGGUUUUUUGCAUUUUUUUGGCCAGGACUGGGUUUGAACCCCCCCACCUCCGGUAUAUGGGGCCGGCACCCUACUCCUUUGAGCCACAGGCACUGCCCAUGCUGCAGGUUUUCCUUGCACUGAUGUCCAAAUUAGAAGUCCCAGAGAUAGACCCCCCCCCCACCCCACCACCCCAACAAAGGGUACUGAGCUGGUUUCCCUCCCUCCCUCCCACCUUUACUCAGACUGAUUUCUCCCUUUUGGCUCCUGGAAGGCAUAAAGCUAAGAUUCUAGGGUUCUGGUGGGUUCAUGGAAUUUUGGCUCCAACUGUUGUGUUCUCUUCCCUUCCUCCUGCCACUCAGUUUGAGCCUGUAACUUCCUCCUGGGUGAUCCUCUGAGGUUGGCAGGGUGUGGCUCUCCUGGGUCACCUCAAAGCUUGCCCAGGCCCUCCUACUUCUUGGCCCUGGGCCACACCGCUGUGUAGGGCAGCCCUGCUGGGUUGCUGCUCAGUUCUUGUGGGCUCCUUUGAGGCCAGUCCCAGCUUUUUCAGCCAGGCUGCCCCUGGGCCCAGAUGUCCAUGUGCACAGCAGGCACCUGUGUCAGUCUGGUGUCGCUUCUGCUCAAUGUCUACCUCUCGCAGCUCCCACGCAGAUGACAGUAGCUGCUGGUGGGGGCGGCUGGCACCGCCAUUGUGAAUUGCCUGACAAACUGGGCACCCUCCUGGGGCUGCAGGGGUCUGGGCUGUCAGCUCCCAGCCCUCCGCCCUGCUCUCUCCACUAGAAAUGUGUCUUCUGCAGCCUGCCAGCUCUUCUGCUCCUGUCAGCACUGCAUCCUGCAUCCAAGCCCAGCACUGCCAGUGAGGCUGUUGGGGAGGGCUGCACAUCAGCCUCAGCUUCCUCUUUGGUCCUGCCUUCUGGUGGUUCACAGUGCCCCUCCCCACUUUAACAUUUCAUCAUUCUUAGGUCUCCAUAGGCACCAGCUCACAUGGCAUACCCAUCUCAACACCCAUCCUUCCCACCUGUCCCCAAAUAUCCUGAUUUAAACUUGGGCAGACUUAGUUUGAUUUUCUGAACUUCUACCAUCUUGUUUUUGCAGAAGGCACUGAUACAUUACUCACAAAUGAUUAAAAAAAAAAAAGUGUGAGAGACGUUGCUUCUUCCCUUUUUGAGAACCCUAGGGUAGGAGCAAGAGAAAGAGCCAGCCAUGAGCUGGGAACCCCAGGGAAUUUGGAGUCAGAGUGACCAGGGCUCUGGGGGUCAGGGGUAAGACAAAAGACCCAGCAGGAGGGCCAUCACCCCUUCCUUUUUGGAGCCCUAGAUUGGGGCUUUGACAAGACACACAUGAGAUGCUGGUGGUGUACAAUGAGAUAGUGUGAACACAACCCCCUUGGAGCUGUAGUUGGUGUGUGUGAGCGUGUGUAGGCGUGGUUCUGUUUAGUGACGAGACAACCUAUGUUUCAGUACUGCUUUCAUGGCAACUCUGUAAUCCACAUGCACUUUCUGUACUAGUGGUUUGUUCAGUUUUGUCUGUUCAGUUAAGUUGGAGAGAAAAAGAACCAAGUAAGGUUCUCUGGAAGGAGUGCUGCUGCCUCUUCUUGAGUAGUUCUGUGACUCCCAAUCCAGCUGUUUUCUAGAGAAUUCUUCUAGCUCCUGGUAUGCCUGCUUUCCAACAGCUGGGAAACAGAUCUUCCUGCCUGACCAAAGCUCCUUGUUUCUUGUGUGGCAUGUUUGUUCUUCUUGAUCUUGUGGCUGUCUGGGCCAAGGGCCUGCCUGCCACCUUCCUCUGCCACUUGCCCUGGUCGGGGUUCAGGGUCCAUUUUUUUUAGCCUGCUCUUCCAGCUUGGUGGGUUUUUUCCUAAAGAUCUAAACUCCUCCCUUAGACUCUACAAAAUAUUAACAACAACAAAAAUACUCCUUUUAUGCAUUUAGAAGAAUGGCCCUUCUUUCUGGGUGCUGGGCUACAGUAAUCAUGUUUGAACCUCAGUAAUCCAGAGAUUACUUGCUGGUGGGCUCUCUGGAAAAGAGAAGGCCACAUCUCAUGGUUUUUAAACUGUAUUUUUACCAUUUUGAAGUGUAUACUUGUGCCCUGGAGGUGUCCUUUAGACAAAAUACUGCACCACUCUUUAAUGAAAGCUGGACCCUGAAUGAGGCUGGUGGAAAUGGGUCCAGAGGUAGCAAGAGUCUGUUUUACACAGACACUCUCCUACCCAGUUCGGUGCAGCCCCAUCCAGGAGGGCUGCUCUGACCCUGAGGAACCUCAAAGCUGACCCCGCCUUAAACAACCAACUUUCCCACCAAAUCCUGGGGGUUUGGGUGUCAAGUGCUGGAAACUAUUCUCUUUGGCUCAGCCAAAAGAAACAUCCCCGCCUCCCUUUCUUCUGGGCUUGAGGGACUUUCUUAAAAAUCACCCUUAGGGUUAAGCCCAAGCCUGGCCUGGGCUCUGCUCCUUGUUGGGGAAUGAACAGGGAGGGAAAUCAGAGUUUGACUCCACCCUCUUUGGGACGAAGGAGGGGCAGAUGACAUCAAGGAGGGGCAGGCCAGAGGAGGGUGGCUCAUGUAUAAGGACCCCUUGCCUCCCCCCACCACUUCGGACCCCACUGUCCUUUUCUAUGUGUUUACUUGGUGGUGGCAGCCAGUCUGACCUUGUCUGUGGUCUGACUGUUCCUAAGUGUAUAACUUUCAGUAUUAUCUGUGAUGGAUGGUUCUGUGGUGAAAAAGAUUUAUUAUAUUCCUUAUGGCUGCCUUGUAUAAAAUCUGUUAGAAAAUGUAAAAUAUCCGAUUUCUAACAAGACAAAAACAGCAUUAUGGAAUUAAAAGAUUUUUACAACUGGUCUUGAUUUUGAUGUGAGCUGGUUUUUAACUCUCAAAUGUUGUCAUUUAAAUAAAAACUUUAUUUGCCUUUAAAA